AUGGCAACUACUCAAGUCGGCAAGCCCUCCAACCAAACCAUGGAGAAUCCGCCGUACUCGGCCGAUAUUCCUGGCCGCCCAAUUAUUGCCGGGGAGACACUUCCUAGAGGUCACCGAAAGACAUACAGGGAUGGGCUGCUUAAACGCCCCGUAGACGCGGGCGAUGAGAUCAAGACGGUCUUUAACAUCCUACAGCGGAGUGCGGCUCGGUAUUCUAACGAGCCGGCCGUUGGGAGCAGGACUCUCGUCAAAAUGCACUCAGAGACCAAAAAGGAUUCUAAUGGAGCAGAGAAAACAAUGACCUAUCCGGAGCUGACCAGUUUCAAGUACAUGACAUAUUCAGAGUUCCAUGAAUUGGUACUAAACCUAGCGUCGGGGCUGAGAAAGCUGGGCCUCCAAACUGGCGAUAUGUUGCAUAUCUUUGCCUCCACAAGCCCCAAUUGGCUUGCUAUGUCACAUGCAGCAGCUGCCCAAUCAUUUACCCUGGUCACCGCAUACGACACGCUUGGGGAGUCUGGUGUUGAGCAUUCCCUAAAGCAGACUGAUGCCAGAGCCAUGGUGGUCGAUGCACACCUUCUAGCCACCAUCAGGCGCCCGCUCGAAAAGGUCUCAUCCGUCAGGUACAUCAUCUACAACACCAACUCGGUUCUACAUCAAGUCAAUGCUGAGGACGAGAUCCGGAAGCUCAAGGAUGCGUUUGGGCAACGAGAACUCACAUUCAUCAGCUUCGACGACGUCGUCGCCAUGGGCAAGGCUCACCCCUGCGAGCCGACGCUUCCUCAGCCCACGGACAACUUUUGCAUCAUGUAUACAUCCGGAUCCACAGGACUUCCCAAAGGUGUUGCUAUAACGCACGAGGCCUUCGUCGCAGGAGUGGCGGGAAUGCACGGAGCCGUUGCCAAUGCGGUCUCCAAUGAAGACUCUAUACUUGCAUAUCUACCGCUCGCUCACAUUUUCGAGUUGAUUCUCGAGAACAUAGUCAUUCACAUUGGCGCUACUCUGGGCUUUGCCACUCCAAGGACGCUGGCAGAUUCUGGCGUCCGGGGUUGUGGUGGAGACAUGAAGGAGUUCCGACCGACUGUUAUGGCCGGCGUUCCGCAGAUUUGGGACACUAUUCGCAAAGGAAUCCAAGGUCGGGUCCAAAACUCUGGCCUGAUCAAGAGGACAGUUUUUAACACGGCCUUGUCACUGAAGAGUUCCCUCGUCCACUAUGGCCUCCCCGGCCAGGCCAUACUUGACAACCUCGUCUUUGGCCAAAUCAAGGCUAUGACGGGUGGCAGACUCCGCUUCAUAGUUAACGGCGCAACUGGCGUCUCAAAGGAGACGGCUCACUUCCUGACCAUGGUCCUCGCGCCGAUGAUCGGCGGCUAUGGCCUGACGGAGACGUGCGCAAACGGCGCUCUCGGUUCGCCGCUGUACCGCCCCGCGCCGGGCGCCAUAGGCCCGCCCACCCUGGCCGUCGAGGUCAAGCUCGUGUCGAUACCGGAUCUCAACUACUCGACCGACACGACGCCGCCGCGCGGCGAGAUCCUGAUCCGCGGCGGGCCCGUGGUGCGCGAGUACUAUAACAAUCCAGAGGAGACGGCCAAGGCCUUCACGGCAGACGGCUGGUUCCGCACCGGCGAUGUGGGCGAGUGGGACGCCGACGGGAACCUGCGCAUCAUCGACCGCGUCAAGAACCUCGUCAAGUUGCAGGGCGGCGAGUACAUUGCCCUCGAACGCCUCGAGGCCGUCUACCGAGGCUCCCAGUUCGUUCAGGCCAUCAUGGUCCACGGAGAUUCGAGCCACCCGCGGCCCGUCGCCGUGGUGUCCCCAGUACCAAAGGCUCUCGCCAGCAUCCGUGGCGGGCCCGACGCUGACGCCGACGCCGCUGACAUACAGGCCUUGGCGGCGGACCCCGUCGUUCAGGAUGCCGUGCUCAAGGACCUCGUCCGUCUGGGGAAGGCGGCUGGAUUCAAGAGCCUCGAGAUCGUCGUGGGCGUCGUGAUUGUGUCCGAUGAAUGGACCCCUGCGAGCGGACUUGUGACUGCCACGCAAAAGCUCAACCGCAGGGCCCUCUAUGAUGAGUACAAGGAUAAGAUCCAAGCCUCCCUCGCCCGAUAG